AGAAGAAGGCCCGCCUUCAUCUGCAGAGACAAAAUGGAAAGACCACGCAGAGACGGUGAUCAUUGGGGGCGGCUGUGUGGGCGUGAGCCUGGCCUAUCACCUGGCCAAAGCCGGCAUGAGAGAUGUGGUCCUGCUGGAGAAGUCGGAGCUCACGGCCGGGUCUACCUGGCACGCAGCAGGUUUAACAACUUACUUUCAUCCUGGAAUAAACUUGAAGAAGAUACACUAUGACAGCAUCAAGCUUUAUGAGAAACUGGAGGAGGAAACUGGGCAGGUGGUAGGAUUCCAUCAGCCGGGAAGUAUCAGAAUUGCUACAACUCCUGUAAGGGUAGAUGAAUUUAAAUAUCAAAUGACGCGCACCGGCUGGCACGCUACAGAACAGUAUAUUAUUGGACCUGAAAAAAUCCAAGAGAUGUUUCCUUUACUUAACAUGGAUAAGAUUUUAGCUGGACUGUAUAACCCUGGAGAUGGUCACAUUGAUCCUUAUUCUCUGACGAUGGCCUUGGCUGCUGGGGCCAGGAAAUACGGGGCCCUUUUAAAAUACCCUGCCCCUGUGACUUCUCUGAAGCCCAGGUCGGAUGGAACAUGGGAUGUUGAAACCCCACAAGGAUCUCUGAGAGCAAACAGAAUUGUGAAUGCCGCAGGGUUUUGGGCUCGCGAAGUGGGUAAGAUGAUUGGCCUGGAACACCCUCUCAUCCCCGUCCAGCAUCAGUACGUGGUCACCUCCACCAUCCCAGAAGUGCAGGCUCUGAAGCGAGAGCUCCCUGUGCUCCGGGACCUGGAAGGGUCGUAUUACCUGCGCCAGGAACGGGAUGGGCUUCUGUUUGGACCCUACGAGAAUCAGGAGAGAAUGAAGGUCCAGGACACAUGGGUCACCAGCGGUGUUCCUCCAGGCUUUGGAAAGGAACUUUUCGAGUCUGACCUAGACCGAAUCAUGGAACAUGUACAAGUGGCCAUGGAGAUGGUUCCAGUCCUGCAAAAAGCCAACAUCAUCAAUGUGGUCAACGGCCCCAUCACCUACUCCCCUGACAUCCUGCCUCUGGUGGGCCCGCACCAGGGGCUCCGGAACUACUGGGUGGCUGUGGGCUUUGGGUAUGGCAUAAUCCACGCUGGCGGGGUAGGGAAGUACCUCAGUGACUGGAUCCUGCAGGGAGAGCCUCCUUUUGACCUGAUAGAACUGGAUCCCAACCGCUACGGCAAAUGGACCACAACUCAGUACACUGAGGCCAAAGCCAGAGAAUCCUACGGAUUCAACAACAUCGUUGGCUAUCCCAAGGAAGAGCGCUUCGCCGGGCGGCCCACGCAGCGCGUCAGUGGGCUCUAUGAGACCCUGGCGCCCAAGUGCUCCAUGGGCUUCCACGCGGGCUGGGAGCAGCCACACUGGUUCUACAGACCGGGCCAGGACACUCAGUACAGGCCAAGUUUUCGCCGCACAAACUGGUUUGAGCCGGUGGGCUAUGAGUAUAAACAAGUUAUGCAAAGAGUGGGGGUGAUUGACCUGACACCAUUCGGCAAGUUCACCAUCAAAGGCCGGGACUCUGCGAGGCUGCUGGACCAUCUCCUCGCCAAUGUCCUUCCCAAGGUGGGUUUUACAAACAUAAGCCACAUGUUGACGCCCAAAGGUCGUGUGUAUGCCGAGCUGACUGUCUCUCACCAAUCCCCUGGCGAAUUUCUGUUAAUAACUGGUUCUGGGUCCGAACUUCAUGAUCUUAGAUGGAUUGAAGAAGUAGCCACCAGAGGCAGAUACGAUGCUGAGAUCAGAAACGUAACCGAGGAGCUGGGUGUCCUUGGAGUUGCCGGGCCGCUUUCCAGAAGGGUCCUGCAGAAGCUGACCUCGGAAGACCUCAGCGAAGGAGCCUUUGCAUUUCUGCAAACCAAGUCCUUCAAGGUUUCCAGCAUUCCUGUCACUGCCAUCAGGAUAUCGUACACAGAUGAACUGUGAUACAAAUCCCUUGGAAGCCGGACUGGAUUAUUUUGUCAAGUUAAACAAGCCAGCAGACUUCAUAGGAAAGCAGGCACUGAAGCAGAUUAAAGCCGAGGGGCUGACACGGAGGCUGGUCUGCCUCACCUUGACAACGGACGAUGUGGACCCAGAGGGGAACGAAAGUGUCUGGUACCGUGGCAAGGUGGUCGGCAACACCACAUCUGGCAGCUAUAGCUACAGCAUCCAGAAGAGCCUGGCCUUUGCUUAUGUUCCUGUAGCACUAAGUGAAGUGGGGCAGCAAGUGGAAGUUGAACUACUGGGUAAAAAUUACCCUGCCACCAUCAUACAAGAACCCUUGGUACUGACAGAACCAGCUAGAAACCGACUCAAGAAAAAAGACAGAAAGGACAAAACUUGAGAAAGCUCUCAUGAAUCAGCCAAAUUCUAGUUACUAUAUGACUGUUCUUGAAAUUAUUAUAAUUGGUUCUCAAGGGGAAUAGAGGAUCUCAAGAAUUCAUUUAAAAAUCAUCGAGAAUCUAGACUUAGACACUUAAUAAAACCUUUCUCCUAAUUGUUUUCUAUGCAAAAUAGGAUAAUAAUUGAGUGAUUUACAUCAUUCUUUCAAUUGAAGAAACCUGAAGUGAAUUUUUUUAAAUUUCAUCUUGUUGUUUAUGAGAUCCAAUCAGCAAAAUGGUAAGUGUUUGCUAAUAUGCAGUCAUUAUUAUAACAAUUUAAAAACUUUAUAUAAUUUUAGAAACAUAGCAUAUAUUUCAUAACUAAAAACCAAUUAAUAAAUUUUCUUUUACAUAAAAACAAACACAAUACUACUGUUGGAUUUGUUUCAUUGAGAAAUCUUUCCCUAGGUGAAUAAGUAAUAAUUUUAAUUUUUUAUAAUGUAUCUAUGAUAAAAUAAUAAAGCCUUAUGUCAAUUUUCACUAACAUUUUUA